UGUAAACCCCUCAAAACCUGGCGAUUGUGUGACCUUCAGCCGACUGUCAUAUUAACCGGAAUUUGGAGCCCUACGCGAUACAUCAAGACGGCUGAAAGCAUGGAGAUCAUCACUCACCUUAUCAACGACACGGUGGAGUUCUACAAAUGGAGCUUGACCAUCGCAGACAAGCGUGUGGAGAAAUGGCCCCUGAUGGACUCCCCCCUGCCCACGCUGGCCAUCAGCUCCUCAUACCUGCUCUUCCUCUGGCUCGGGCCGAAGUACAUGAAGAACCGCGAACCCUUCCAGCUCCGCAAGACACUCAUCGUCUACAACUUUGCAAUGGUCUUCUUCAACUUCUUCAUUUUCAAGGAGCUCUUCCUGGCUGCUCGGGCAGCGAAGUACAGCUACAUCUGCCAGCCUGUGGACUACUCAGACGAUCCUAAUGAAGUGCGGGUGGCUGCAGCCCUGUGGUGGUAUUUCGUUUCAAAGGGCGUGGAGUACCUAGACACCGUUUUCUUCAUCCUGCGCAAGAAGUUCAACCAGAUCAGCUUCCUGCACGUCUACCACCACUGCACCAUGUUCACGCUCUGGUGGAUAGGCAUCAAAUGGGUGGCCGGUGGACAAUCGUUCUUCGGUGCUCACAUGAACGCAGCCAUCCACGUCCUCAUGUACCUCUACUAUGGACUCGCGGCGUGCGGCCCCAAGAUCCAGAAAUACCUGUGGUGGAAGAAGUACCUGACAAUCAUCCAAAUGAUCCAGUUCCACGUCACCAUUGGCCACACCGCGCUGUCCCUGUACAUCGACUGCCAGUUCCCGCACUGGAUGCACUACGCCCUGAUCGGCUACGCCAUCACCUUCAUCAUCCUCUUCGGGAACUUCUACUACCAGACCUACCGCCGCCAGCCGAGACGCGAGGCCCCCGCCAAACAGGCCAAGGCCGUCUCCAACGGCGUAGCCAACGGAGGAGCUAUCGGAGCCAGCAACGGCGUCGCCAGCAGCAAGCAGGAGGAGAAGCCGGUGGAGAACGGCCGGCGGAAAAGGAAGGGCAGGGCGAAGCGAGACUAG